CCGCGUGCACGCGAGACCCAACCCACGUACCGACUCUACAAGCGGCGCUUCGUCGGGCUCGUCGGGCUUGUCCUGCUCAAUGCCGUCGCGGGAAUGCCGAAUCCGUGGUACGGACCUAUCUCGAAUAACGUCUCGAGCGAGUUUGGCUUCACGCUCGACCAGGUCAACUGGCUCGGCAACGCAGUCAACCUUGUCUUUCUCCCGUCGUCUAUCCUGGUUCCGUUUGUCUGCAAACGCUUCGGGAUCCGUCUUACCUGUUACUUUGGAACGCUUCUCUUGCUUGUUUCCGCAUGGAUACGGUAUGCAGGCUCCGUACGUACCCUCGACAAGGAGGGCGCGUACGCACUGAUGAUGGUCGGCCAACUCAUUGCAGGUGUGGCGCAACCUGUAUUCCAAGUUCUAGGGCCACUCUACUCCGAAACAUGGUUUGACACCAAGUCCCGGACCACGGUCACCAUGGUGGCAUCCAUCGCGAACCCUGUCGGUAGCGGCAUCUCACAGCUGAUAUCACCACUUAGCGGGACACCACGAGCUUCUAUCCUCGUCCUGGCAAUAAUCUGUACAGCCGUCGUACCCUGCGCCUUCGUGGUGGGCGAUGCCCCACCCACACCGCCGACGUACUCCGCGUCGCAGCCGAACCCGUCGCUCAUAUCGCUCGUCCGCGCGAUCCUCGGACGUGAGCAGCGCGGCAGUCAAGCGUACAUGAGCGUACGCGAGCGUUGUGAUUUUGUCAUCAUCAUGCUCAACUUUGGCGUCCUCGUUGGCAUCGUGACGACGUUCUCGAUCCUCACGAACCAAGACCUUGGCCCGUACGGCUACUCGAGCGACACCUCGGGCUUCAUGGGCGCGGCGCUGCUUCUCACUGGGAUCGUCUCCGCGGGCGUCACCUCCCCGCUCUUCGACCGCGUCUUCACGCACCACCUCGCGCUCACGGGAAAGCUCAUAGCCCCCGCGCUCGGCGUGCUCUGGCUCAGCCUCAUUUGGGCCGUCAAGGAGAACAAUACGGGUGGGCUCUUCGCGAUCAUGGCGCUCAUCGGCGCGGGCUCCGUCACUCUCCUUCCCGUGGCGAUCGAGCUCGCGGUCGAGGUGUCGCGCAACGCCGACGGGAGCUCGGCGAUACUGUGGUUUGCGGGCAACCUUGUCAGCAUCACCUGCGUGCUCGUCGAAGGCGCACUCCGCGCCGGCCCCAACGCGCACCCGCCGCUCAACAUGCGUCGCGGGCUCAUUUUCCAGGGCGUGCUCGCUUGUGUCACCGUGUCCACCGUCCUCGCACUCAAGGGCACGCAGGCGCGGCGCGAGAUGGACGUGCGGGUGAUGCAAGGGACGCUGGAGCUGCAGAGGAUGGGGCAAGAGUAUGUGCCGAGCUUGGAGCAGGAUACGAAGGGCGAUGUGGAGGCGCUUGAGAAGAGGGACGAGCAGAAUAUUUAAUUAUAGCGUUAUACUAUGUACUGCUUCUUGGGUUCCU